AUGGGCGUUGCCUCAUCCGACUUCUCCCUCACUUCAGAGUCUCACAGGUCGAUCACUGCGGAAUAUAUCCCAGCUCGAACUGGGAUCCUAUCAGUUGUGCCCAAGGCAUGGGUCCCCUAUGGUGAGCUCAUCCGCAUCGACAAGCCUACUGGGACAUAUUAUCUAUUUUUCCCAUGCCUCUUUUCCACGCUUUUGGCAGCGCCAAUGGCAGAUCCAAUGGCUCCAUUCUCCUCAGCAGCCGCCACUGCGGCUCUUUUCUUCAGCGGAGCCUUGAUCAUGCGUGGUGCGGGUUGCACAAUUAAUGAUCUCUGGGAUAGAGACCUCGAUCCGCAAGUUCGGAGGACUCGGUUACGGCCAAUUGCACGUGGUGCAAUCACCCCAUUCCAGGGCAUCGUAUUUACUGGAUUCCAGCUGCUCGCCGGAUUGGCCGUCUUGGUCCAAUUCCCACUGCCGUGCCUUGCCUACGGCAUACCAAGCCUCGCCCUCGUCCUCACUUAUCCGUUGGCAAAGCGAGUUACCUAUUACCCCCAGGCUGUCCUAGGUUUGGCCUUCUCCUGGGGUGCAAUUAUGGGCUUCCCAGCACUUGGUAUCGAUCUGCUCUCAAAUUCAGCUGCGCUCAUAGCCGCAGCAUGUCUCUAUACAUCAAAUAUUGCAUGGGUUGUCCUAUACGACAUGAUAUAUGCUCACAUGGACAUUAAGGAUGAUAUAAAUGCGGGUAUCAAGAGCAUUGCUCUAAAGCAUGAACAUCAGACCAAGCAAGUUCUGACUGGACUGGCCAUCGCGCAAGUAGGCUUAUUGGGUGCUGCCGGAAUGGCUGCGGGAGCAGGUCCUAUCUUCUUCCUGGGCAGCUGUGGCGGAGCUCUCGUUACGCUGGGAAUCAUGAUCAGGCGGGUAAAUCUCAAAAGCGUCAAGAAUUGCUGGUGGUGGUUUGUGAAUGGCUGCUGGAUCACAGGGGGGGUCAUUAGUAUCGGUAUGGCUGCGGAUUAUGUAUCUCGCUCUCUUGAGCAGUCUAAGCCAAGGCCAGUGCCGGAAGAAAGACACCCUCAGGCCUAA